GUCACCCCAGUAUAUGAGGAGUGGACCACAAUUGAUUGGUACCAGUUUUUCUGCUUAUGGGAGAAGCUGCCUGCCUCAAUGAAACGGGUGGCCGAGCUGGUUGGGAUUGAAGAAGGCUUUCUUGCUCGCUCUGUAAAGGGUGGAAUCAUAGCUAAAACGGAGAAGCAGCACAGACAAAUGGCCAUCCACAAAAGGUUUUUCACCAGUCUUGCUCUUCUGGAUUUAAUCAGUGAGGUUCCCUUAAAGGAUAUGACCAAGAAAUACGGCUGUAGUCGUGGCCAGCUUCAGUCCUUGCAGCAAUCUGCUGCCACCUACGCAGGAAUGAUAACAGUUUUCUGUAAUCGACUGGGCUGGCACAACAUGGAGCUGUUGCUCUCUCAGUUCCAGAGCCGCCUCACUUUUGGGGUUCACAGGGAGCUUUGUGACUUGGUACGAGUGUCUCUGCUAAACGCGCAGCGUGCUAGGACACUUUACAACGCCGGCUUUGUCACAGUGGCUGAUCUUGCUAAAGCCAGUCCUGACGACGUGGCAACUGCUCUGAAGAAUUCGGUGCCAUUCAAAAGUGUUCGCAGGGCUGUGGAUGAAGAUGAAGAAUCAGCAGAGGAGCGUCGGACUGUGCGCAGCAUCUGGAUGGCUGGAAUGAAAGGCUUAACUGAAAGAGAAGCAGCUUCCCUCAUUGUGGAGGAAGCCCGGGGACUGCUCCAGCAGGAUUUGGCAAUGAUGGGAGUGCAGUGGAACCCAGAGUCUUUUCUCGAGACUGAUACAUCCUCUGUGCUCAGCAGUGAGGCAGAACUGGAGGACAGACUACAUCGAUCAAAUGGAGGGCAGUCUUCCGAGUCUUCAAGGAUGUUAAACAAAAAAUGGUGCCUUGGUUCUCGGGCUGGAAACUUAUCAAGAAGUAAAAAGGGAUGUAAAAGGCGACUCAGUGGUAGUACAGAAACCUCCAGAACUGGGAGUGAAGUCCUGGACAGGAGACAGACUCAAGCAGAGGAAGGCAAUGAUGAUAUCCACCCUGGCAGCAGGAUACAGAAGCCUGUGCAUUUUUGUGCUGGUGAGGAUAAAUCCUGCCAUAUUCAGAUGGAGAAUGGCGGUAAAAAUGUGAGCAAAAAGCACAAUGGAAUAUUGUUACAAGCUGGAACACUGCAGAAAACCAGCAGUCAUCCUAAGGAAUUUCUGGCAGUCUCACUAGUAAAAUCCAGAGGUGUUUGCAAUGCAGAUGCUGUUCAGAAUGGUCCAUCCUCUGAUCCAUUUCCUGUCUCUAGGGACUUUGAAGACAGCUUCCGCUUGGAUACUCAAACAGAGAUGAUAAUAAAACAGGAGGGAGCAGCUGGAAUCACAGGACAGCAGGGAAUACAAAGUUCAGAGCUGGCUGCAGUACCACAGCAGGAAAUCUCUGAGAAACUAAGCACUUCACAGACUGAGAAUGCUACUGAUGAAAGGCUGGCUGCAGCAGUUAGAAAACUGGGCUUGUCGAAUCCAAUCACAACAAACAACAUUACAAAAAACACAGCUCAGCAAUGUAGUAAUAAAGCCUUGGAGCCUGGAGGCCUUAAUUUACAGCCUUUAGCAAAGGAAAUAGAGUGUGCACCUUGCCUUAAAGGUGAUUUCUCAGUGACCGACUCCCAACUACACAGUUUUCUACAAGACUACCAGACUCAAAAUUCAGUGAAAGGGGAGAGUGUGUCUAAAGACCGUAAUAAUGCAACCUCCCCUUUUGGGAGGGAGCAUGUUGCACAAGAAGAAUGCCACGCUGUCCCCGAAACAAGCCUGAAUAUAAGUGAUAGCUUGCUGUUUGAUGAUAGCUUCAGUAAUGUCAGUGACCUUUCAGCCAUUCACAUCACGGAAGCUGAUAGAAAGGACCCUGUGGAGAAGCAAGAGGCUUUGCUUCCUCCAGAUGGUCUUUUGCAGAACCCGAGGCCUAUUCAGAAUAAAUCUGGUGUCACUGGUAAUCAGAAAGAGCAUGAGGAUCCUGUGCAGUGUAGCAACAUGUCUCUAGCAUUCUCUGACCUAAUAGCUGAAGUUUUAGAUCAUGCAAACUCCCCAUCUUUUCGGGAAGAUCUUCCUUCUGCAGUUCCUGGUCAGUCAGGUUUAAGAAACCCAGUGGUUUGUAACAGUGACCCCAGAGCAGAGGAUUUAUUAGGAGAUCAAGGUGAAAACCUCCAGAGAAGCUGGCCAGCUUUAGACAAGAAAACCCAUCCAGUUGUGUGGACUGACCACUCAUUUGAACUAAGCCCAGGACUGCAGGAUAUAUUAGACAAAUGGCCUAGUCCCUCAGGCAUUGAACCAAUUUCAGUAAGCUCCCGUUUGAAAGGAAAGUUAGUUGUUCCUGUUGUUAAUCAAGAGCCACAUCCAGUUUUUGAAUCUGACUGUUGUCAGCCAGAGCCUUUGCCCACUUGCCAGAAUUCAAAAGGCUCUUGCUGGAUUAAAGAAAAUGAAAUGGAAAACUCAGAUCUUGAGAAAACAGACUGCGUGACACUUCCACGCAAGGGAAACAACAGAACGUCCCAUCCUCCACCAGACAAUAAUAACGGGUUUAUUCCUCCAACACCCCCUGAAGAGCUUUUUCCAAAGAGUUCUGUUCCUCUUUCUGUGAAAUCUGCACGGAAGAGAGAAGUAACCUGCGUGACUGAAGAGCAGCUGAUUCAGCCGCAGCAGUAUAGCAAGGGCAAUGCCAAUCUGCAGGUAAAACCAGUCCCUGUUAGUCUUGGGAGUGUAGACCCAGUUGAGACUGAUGAAGUAAAAGAUGAUUCCACUAUAGACCAAGGCUUUUCACUGCAGCUGUCUCAGGAUGUUUUUCCACUUGUUCCCUUAAGCGCUGAAAGUUUCACUAUUAUUGAUGUAGCUAGUGACAAGGCACUUUUCCAGACUUUCAUUGCAGAAUGGAGAGAGAAAAGCAGAUUCUCCAUCUCAGUGGCGUGUGAAAGAACAAAAGGUCUUUUGUCUCCCAAAUUGACGAUUGGUGGCAAAUUCAAAAAAGUAAGUUCUCCUCAGUGGAUGCAAGUUAAAGAUGAUGGGUUUCCUGUCCAAGGCUGUGAAGACAUCUUGGUAGUUGGACUGGCAGUAUGUUGGGGUGGAAAAGAUGCCUACUACAUCUCCCUGCAGCAGGUACAAGAGCAGACUGAAAUCAGUAUGAGUUUGGCACCACCACCUUUGGACAAAAACCUAUCUGUAACAGAGAGAUUGCAGCAUCUGCAGCAGUACCUGCAGAAGAAGCCCAUGCAGGAGCGCUCACUUGUCAUGUAUAACUUCAUUCAGCACUACAAGACUCUGGUGAUGGCUUGUGGCAUCUCCUUGGAAGGAAGUUUUGAGGACCCAAAGGUGGCGUGCUGGCUGCUUGACUCUGGCUCGAAGGAACGCACUCUUCACAACAUGGUGACCAACUUUGUCCCCCAUGAGCUACCUCUACUAGAGGGAGUAGGCACUGGCCAAGGGGUGCAGAGCCUGGGGCUCAGCGCCAGCAAAGACCAUUCUGGGCGGUACAGGGCAGCUAUAGAGUCUGUGCUUAUCUUCAGUGUCAUGAACCAACUCCGAGAUGAAUUGCAGAAGGAAAAUCUGACAGAUGUAUUUUCUAAAGUGGAGAUGCCCACCCAUUAUUGCUUGGCUCUGCUGGAGCUGAAUGGCAUCGGUUUCAGCACGACAGCCUACGAAACCCAGAAGCAGGUCAUGCAAGCUAAACUGAGCGAGAUCGAGACGAAGGCCUAUCAGCUGGCGGGUCACAGCUUCUCCUUGACCAGCCCUGAUGACAUCGCAGAGGUUUUGUUCCUGGAGCUGAAGUUGCCACAAAAUGGAGAUGUGAAAGUUCAAGGGAGCAAGAAAACUCUGGGUUACACCAGAAGAGCAACUGCUAAAGGAAGCAGAGUUAGCUUGAGCAAGCAGCUUAGUACAACCAAG